GCGGCGGCGGCGGCGAGCUCUCUCUAGUUCCACCAGCCCGGCCUUUCCCUGCUCCUGCUGGUCUCUCGUCUUCCUCCGGGGAAGAGCAUCGGCCGGGGCAGCUGGCUUCCGGCAGAGGAAGGAGGAGGGGGGAGCGGGGCUGCUGCGGCGGCUGCUGCGCCUUGAUCGAGGCGAGCCCCAUUGCCCAAGUGCGAGGCACCGGGUGCCUGGCGAAAGGGAAGCGAGCGAGCGCGCCGCUCCCGACUCCCCCGGCGGCCAAGCAGCCAAACUAUUUCGCAUCCAGCAUCUGCCCGGGCGUUGCUUCGCCCUCUCCCUCGUGAGCAGCGAGCGAGAAAUCACCUCGGCGUGGCUCCGACCAAGUUCCAUCUCGGCGGGCGCUUCGGAGGCGCUUUCUUCCAGCCCCUUCGCCUGCUCUUACCCUUUCUUUGGCUUUGUUUUUAAUUGGACAGCCGACGAGCCUCCUUUUUUUUCUUUUCUUUUUUUAAAAAAGAGACUCAAGCCUAAUCUCAAGCAAUCGCCUUAAGGCAAUUGCGGGGAGGGAGGGGGGGAAAUCGACUGGACCCGGCCUCCUUCAGGCUCCUCGGAGAGCCACCCUCGUCCCCGCUCCAUCCCGUCCUCACGCAGGAAGAGCGAGAGGGCUUGUUUUGUCUCCGAAAUCAUUUUAAGACUCUGCCCCCUGGAUUUCUCCACUGGAUCGCUCGGCGGGGAGUCACGGCUUGGAGGAGUUUGUGAGGGAGGGAGGAGGGUCUGCGAGGAGAACGCAUGUGUGGUGGGGACACUCCCAGAGAAAGGGCUCUGGUUUUGUUUUGUUUUGUUUUGGGAAAGGAUCGCCGUCGGCUCUGAAGCCGGCCGCCCCUCCUCCCUUUGAGAUCGGCUCAGGGUUAGCGAGUUACUUGGUGGGGAUCACACACACGCACGCGCGCGCUUUUCGGCGACUUUGGUACUUAGUGGUCGGCUCUGAUUUCGGUUUCGCUUGUUCACACACCCGCCCGCGGGGAAACGCACUCACGCCCUUUGACACCCUUCUUUCCUCGUUAUUAUGCCGUUGGACUAAGAUCGCCUUUUGGCUUCGCAGGCUGGAAAAACAAAAAGGCGGCGGUGGCGACAGUCGGGAUACGUCGGCGCCUCUCCUGCCCGGCUCAAUGAAAUCGGAUCGGAAUAAAAAGUGACUUUCCUCCACCCCGGAUUUAAAGGGAAGGAAGGGGGAGGGAGGCGCGCGAAUCUUUCCUCCUGAGAGCUGCUGCUGCUGCUUUUUUCGCUCCCCGAAGCUGCGCACCGAGAGUCCAGCGGGAGGCGGACCGGCGAGCGCGCAGCCCGCGAGGCGCUAUGGCGAAGCUAGGGGGAGCCCAGGUGGCGGCGGCGGCGGGAGUGCUGUUACUUUUGCAGUGCUUGGCGGACAGGCUCCAGCUCAUCGGCGCCCUGAAGUCGAAGCAGAGUAACGGUGCAUUGUAUGAAAUUGUUCCAAGCUUUCCUCGAGUGGAGGAGAACAUUCGCGUGGAUUCCUACAGAUACAGCCACAGAUGGAAACGGCAUUCAGAGUUCCUCAAGUCAGUUGACACCAACAGAGCCAGUGUGGGGCAGGACUCCUCAGAACCUGGGGGCUUCACAGAUCUGCUGCUUGAUGACACACACGACAACACUACCCAGAUCGAGGAGGAUAUGGAUCACAAUUACUAUACUUCAAGGACAUAUGGCCCAUUUGAUUCUACCAGCCGAGAUCUGUGGGUGAACAUUGACAAAAUGGAGAAAGAUAAAGUGAAAAUUCAUGGGAUCCUCUCCAACACACACCGGCAAGCUGCAAGAGUGAAUCUAUCGUUCGAUUUUCCAUUUUAUGGCCAUUUCCUACGUGAAAUUACUGUGGCAACUGGGGGUUUUAUAUAUACAGGGGAAGUUGUGCAUCGAAUGCUCACAGCUACGCAAUACAUCGCACCUUUGAUGGCCAACUUUGACCCUAGUGUGUCAAGAAACUCAACUGUCAGGUACUUUGAUAAUGGUACUGCAUUGGUUGUCCAGUGGGAUCACGUACAUCUACAGGAUAAUUACAAUCUGGGCAGUUUCACAUUUCAAGCAACACUUCUCAACGAUGGGCGUAUCAUAUUUGGCUAUAAAGAGAUUCCUGUCUCAGUGACACAGAUCAGUUCAACCAAUCACCCUGUGAAGGUGGGCCUAUCAGAUGCCUUUGUGGUUGUCCACAGGAUCCAGCAAAUUCCCAAUGUCCGUAGAAGAACGAUAUAUGAGUACCACAGAGUGGAGCUUCAGAUGUCAAAGGUUACCAAUCUGUCAGCUGUUGAGAUGAUUCCUCUACCCACCUGCCUCCAGUUUAACAGCUGUGGGCCAUGUGUCACGGCUCAGAUUGGCUUCAACUGCAGCUGGUGCAAUAAACUCCAAAGAUGUUCCAGUGGAUUUGAUCGUCAUCGGCAAGACUGGGUAGAUGGUGGAUGCCCUGACGAGUCUAAAGAUAAGAUUUGUGAGAAGAAUGUAGACACAACGCAAAUUCCUCUUCAUACCACUACCGCUAUCCAGCAGACAACAAUGAGAUUCAGAGUUUUAACCACUACCAAAGGAGUCACGACAUCCCAUCUGCCAACUAGCCUACCCACAGAAGAUGAUACCAAGAUAGCUCUACACCUAAAAGAUAAUGGAGCCUCAACAGAUGACAGUGCAGCAGAGAGAAAAAGCGGGACUCUUCACGCAGGUUUAAUUGUUGGGAUUUUCAUACUGGUCCUGAUUGUAGCAGCGGCAAUACUUGUGACAGUUUAUAUGUACCACCAUCCAACGUCAGCUGCCAGUCUCUUCUUUAUUGAGCGUCGCCCCAGCAGAUGGCCUGCGAUGAAAUUUCGGAGAGGCUCUGGGCACCCUGCCUAUGCCGAAGUGGAACCUGUUGGCGAAAAGGAAGGCUUCAUUGUGUCAGAGCAGUGCUAGGAUUUCUAAGGCAGAUCACCAGUACUGGCCUACAGGUGUAAGACCUUUACUCUGCCUCUGAUGAAAGAAAUGGAAAUCUAAGCUGCUGUAAACCCGAGAGAGACAGAAGGGCGUUCUGGAUAAACUUUCUCCGAGGAAAUGUGUCUAGGAUACCUGAUGACCCUUUCAAAGAUAUUUUUUGCCCCCCUCACAGCAAAUCACCAUACCAUGUUUCAGAAGCACCCCUCAGAAACACCUACAGUAGGAGAAUGAUGAACACAAUUGCCAUGCUCUCUAGGUAUCGGAGAUGUAGAGCGAUUCGGGAUAUAAAGCUUUAGUUCAGAACAGUGCUUCCCUUCUUGAUCCAGCGCAGUGACGGUGUUUUUAUUCCAGGGUUAUCCUUUCAGCCCCGGAGGCAAUGCUCCUCGUUUGACAAGGCUGCUGGUGAGAUCAAUCUGGUGCAGAUAACAUAGCUAAGCAGUUUUCUCCAGUUCCAUGAGUCAUGCAAUUUUCAUUUCUGAAAAUAAAAUAAGCUCCACCCAAGUCCAGAAACAUGAUAUACAUCUGAAAACAACAAGAGUCCUCCUUGUAUUCUGUAGGCUUAUAUCCCAUGAACUGUGAUUAUUAUUGUUUUGAUCACAACUAUAGUUCUAUAGUUGACAAAGCAUUAGAGAGUUGUCGGGUUUUUUAUUUU